AUAACAAGUCCUUAAAUUGACGUCUUCUAUUCCUGUAGUAUCUCUUCACAAAACAUACUGCGCUGUGUGAACGAUCUAACCCAGAUUCAAGUAAAAUAUUCGCAAAACAUACUGCACGACUGAGUCAUUAUCGUUCCACCAAAUCAAAACAACUUCAAUCCUCCAUUAAACAAACAAAGAAAAUUCAACUCACUCAUUCAAAUUUAAUCAAACACCAUGUUCAAAAAUUCCAUUUCCAUAAUCAUUUGGUGGGAAUCUAAACAACCCCAUCAAAUUUUUUUCAUCUCUCUUUUCGUGGGGUUCAAGAGAGGGAAGAAAUUAUGGCACCCCUUUUUGAGUAUUUUGUAGUUUGUGGAAUUGGCCCAGAAAUUCGUACUUUAGAUGGAAGUAAUGGUUAUUAUGGCAUGAAUUAUGUGUAUGAACCUUCUCUUAUUGAUCAGUACCCUCGUUCUGAUCACUCUCUUUAUGCUCCUUUACCUCCUGAGCUUCCUAUGUGUGUGUUAUGCCCGGCAGGGGUUGAGUUCUAUAAAUCAGGCUUGGAUGCUAAUGAUCCCCCUAGUUAUCCUCGGAGCUAUCCCAUUGUUUUGACUGCGGGUGAUGGGUCCAAAAUUUAUGUUAGCUGUAUUGCUUUCCGGGAUCCUGUUGAUGAGGACAUUGGUGAAGCAUAUGGUAUACCACUGAACUCAUUUGCUGGAAAGUGUAUUUCUCUGGUUUCACGAAUACCCUGUUUUUGUGUACUUCGUGAUGCACUCGAGGAGAUAUUUGCUCUUUGCUUUUCUACUAGAGGAAGUUGCAAGCCACUUUGGGAGGUUAUAGCGGCUACAGUCUCCAAAGUUCCUCUGCCCACACCAGGAAUUGAUAGAAUCUUGUUUGCAAUUAAUAACUGCUUGUUCUCUGUUGAGGCUCCUCCAGAAUACGGGCUUCCCCCUGCCGAUGUCUCCUUUAAGUCAUUGAUAGAAUCCCUGGAUGUUCAUAACAUAAUUAUACUUUUUACAGCAGUAUUGCUGGAAAGAAGGAUCUUGCUUCAAUCAGAUAAGUACACGCUGCUGACGCUUGUGUCUGAGUCUAUAUGUCAUCUAAUCUAUCCAUUUCAGUGGCAGAAUGUCUACAUUCCGUUACUCUUCUCAAAAGGAGUGGACUACGUUGAUGCUCCAACUCCAUAUAUCAUCGGCCUUCAUUCAAAUGUUGAUACAUCUGGACUUUCAAUGGAUGGUGUUGUUACUGUUGAUAUUGAUCAUAACUGUAUCUCUACGUCAGAGGAGAUACCUCCAAUACCCGAACCAGAGUUAAGCUUGUUGCAUGCUGAUAUAAAAAAGCUAUUGUAUCCAGAUAUGAUGUGUAUAGACGAGGUAAAUACUGGCUUUGGAGAACUAUAUAUGAGAAGCCCUAAAGUUGGUGCCAAACCUUGGGGAAAGGACCAUGACCUUCAACUAAGGCUUAUAUUCCUGAAGUUCUUUGCUAGGAUUUUAUCGGGAUACCGCAAUUUCAUUGUAAAUAGCACAGAAUGUACCUUUGAUGCUCAAGCAUUUACAAUGCAUUGGUGUCGUUCAAAUAAUCAAGAGCCAGAUCCUAUGGUAGCUGAAUUUCUACUCUCUCAAGGGUUUUCUAACCACAUAGAAAAAGUUUUGUCAUCUGGUGAAAGCAAUGACAACGUCCUUGAUAAGUUGAUAGAUGCAAUUGGGAGAGGUGAAAGUCUUAUGUCUGUUUAUCCAUCAUCUCAUUCAGACUUAAUUCUUAUAACCAUACCAGAUCCUAUAGACGGAGUUAUAGGUGGUGCUAAAUACACAUAUUCUAAAUUUCCUGCUAACAUUAGAGGAGAAGGGGAAGACGAAAAGAGGAAGCAGAUCCUAAAAGACAUUAAAGACAAAGAUGAUGAGGAGAAAGGAUUGAUCUUGGACAUAAAAGUAAAGCUGCAGGGAUUGUGGAUUUCUCUUCUGGAUCUUGGAGAUGCAGAUGUCAUUCUUUCAUCUGAUGAAUAUGAGACAAUUCUUGCUUUACUUGAGACGGAUGCCAAAGGAAUUGUUGGUAGAACCUUGAUUGAAUGUAUAAGAGAUCACAUGAGUGCUGGAUGGAAUGGUCAGUUGUCCGAAGAACAGUUUGUUGCUGUGAAAGAAAUGGUUAAAGAACUUAUUACAUGUGCAACCUACCAAAACGACAUGCCAACUUUGAGAGAGGCGCUUGAAGUUUCAGCGGAGAUGUAUAGGAAGGAUUUCAAUAACGUUUCAGACUACGUCCAACGUCAUCUCAUUUCUUUAUCCAUCUGGGAGGAUACAGGGUUUUGGGAAGCAUUCUUUGAAAGUUUGAUGGAGCAAUCUUUAAGCAAGUCUUCCAGUAAUGAGAGCCUCAUUAUGUCACAACUGAUCUUGAUAGCAUCACAUAUGGGUGGCUUGGGUAUGGCUGAUAUAGAUGCGUGGCCAAUUAUACAAAGUAUAGCGCAGAAAAAUGUCGGUUAUGACCAUUAUAUACAACUUAGAGGGUACCUUUCAUAUAUUCAUCAACUACAAAUGGUUUACUGGGGGAUAUCGGAUUUAAAGGCUCAAUCAUUGUCUUCUUCGGGUUUGCAAUCCCCUCAUUUUCGAGAUGCUACAGUAGACAAUCAACCUUCCAAGGCAUCUACUAUCGCAAAAAAUUGGGUCAGGAGCAUGUUUGGGAGGGAAUCAGUGCUAAAAGUAAACUCUUUCAGCCAUGCUCGUGGUUGGACAUUUGAAACUGAAACAGCAGCUGUAACUGAGAUUGGUACACCCCGCAAACAAAAUUUUCCAAACUCGGGACUAAGGAGAAGUCAAACAAAUGUGCGAGUUCUUAAAGGCCAUCAUAAAGCGAUUACUGCUUUACAUUGUGUCACAAGAAGAGAGGUUUGGGAUCUGACUGGUGAUCGUGAAGAUACAGGCUUCUUUAUAAGUGGAAGUACUGACUGCUCAGUUAAGAUAUGGGAUCCUAGUCGUCAUGGUUCUGAACUUCGCGCAACGUUGAGAGGUCAUACAGGUGCUGUCCGUGCAAUAAGUUCCAAUCGAGAAAAGGUGGUAUCAGGGUCUGAUGAUCUGUCUCUUGUGAUCUGGGAUAAACAUGAAUUUAUCCCUCUUGAAGAGCUUAAGGGGCAUGAGGCACAGAUCAGUAGUGUGCGCAUGCUCUCAGGAGACCGUGUCCUUAGUUCUGCCCAUGACGGAACUGUCAAAAUGUGGGAUGCCAGAAAUGGUAGUUGCAUAGCUACAGUUGCCCGUUGCCCAGGUUCUGUUCUUUGCAUGGAAUAUAAUGAUGCUACUGGAAUCUUGGCUGCUGCUGGUAGAGAUAAUACUGUGCACAUAUGGGACAUCCGUGCUGGUAAGCAAGUCCACAAACUAUCUGGCCACUUGAAAUGGAUCCGUAGCAUCAGGAUGGUGGGAGACUCUGUGAUUACUGGAAGUGAUGACUGGACUGCUAGAAUUUGGUCAAUUUCAAGAGGUUCUUGCGAUGCAAUUUUGGCAAGUCAUGGGGGGCCAGUUCUGUGCGUUGAGUAUUCAGCUUUGGAUGGAGGAAUUAUAACAGGAUCUGAUGAUGGCUCAGUUAGAUUCUGGGAAAAUUCUGCGUACAACAUCGAAUGUACUAAAAAUAUAAAUCUUCAUAGUUCUAUAUUGUCUAUUAAUGCUCAAGAGCAAUGGUUGGGGAUUGGGGCUGCAGAUAAUUCUAUGCUGCUGUAUCAUCAGUCUCAGGAUAGAUCAGGUGGGUGGCAGCUGUACAGGACUCCACAUUUUUCAGCUUCCGUGGUUAGAUGUGUUGCUUCAGACCUUGACCGGAAGACAAUCUGUAGUGGAGGACGUGAUGGUCGACUCAGGCUAUGGGAUGCUACCGUCAGUAUCUAACAGUACACUGAUUUUUGAAUUUUGCUAGUUCGGCUACAUUUGUAGUUUUGGUGGAAGUAAAAAUCAGUUUUCAGAGGAAAACUAGCAAUUGCAAGAAAGGUUUUUAUGGUUUGGCGACUAACACUCCCUCCCUAAAACCUAUGCAUGAAGAACAUGAUGAUCUUGUAACUCUUAUAAAGGAUUGUACGCUUUGUUUUCGGGUAUGGGAGUUAGUGAGUUACAUUAACGUCCCAUCAUUUGGUAUUGUUGAAAAUCUAUGCAGUGUUAGUUGCGCAGAGCCAAAGUGAAUACUAUGCAAAUUAUCCUUUCAUCUUCUUGUGAUGAACUGGUUUCGGUUGUCCUUACUACACGACCUGCUGUUAAGUUUAAAAAUUGAAGAUUUGCUUUUUACACACUUGUAUAUUUGAGACGUGAUAAAACUUAUGUAAUUAUUCAUAUUCAAAAAGUAAUUUACUAUAUAUGAUCAAAAUUCAAUCGUCUUUAAAAUGGCUA